AUGGGCGUGCAGAGACUGUCACGUGGGACUACAAUACCAAUAUCAUUAUCGGAUGAUUUAUCAUCGCACUUCACUUCCAUCCUCAUUGCCACCACCGCCAACGAAACCCUUCGUCCUUUCUGUACAGGCCGUGACCAUUACUCGGGCCACUUUACACGACAAGUUGGUCCGGUGAAGUGGGUGGGUCACGGUAUGGGUUGGCGGUAA